UUGGAUAAAAAUGAUGCAGGCCGGAAUGACAAAAAGCAAACAAACGCUACCCUGUCGCUGGAGCUUGGCAAAUACUCCGUACUAGCAAUCUCCCUCUCUCUCUCUGAUCAUCCAAUACUGUUGCUGCUGAUAGCCUUCGUAGCCUCUGAUACACACAUCUACAGACAGACAGCGAAGAAGCUUCUCCGUCCCCUGUCGUCGGGGGGAAAAAAAGGUUAGAUCGUCGACUCUUUCUUCAACUUAAUUUGGUCAGAAACCGAGGGCAAAUCUCGCUUACAAAAUUCCACCAUGGGACAAGCCUUUCGCAAGCUCUUCGACACUUUCUUCGGCAAUACCGAGAUGAGGGUUGUGAUGCUUGGCCUGGAUGCUGCUGGUAAAACAACAAUCCUGUACAAACUGCACAUUGGAGAAGUUUUAUCGACUGUUCCUACAAUUGGUUUCAAUGUGGAGAAAGUGCAGUAUAAGAAUGUAGUCUUCACAGUGUGGGAUGUAGGAGGCCAAGAGAAAUUAAGGCCGCUAUGGAGGCAUUACUUCAAUAAUACAGAUGGACUGAUUUAUGUUGUUGACUCUUUGGACCGAGAGAGGAUCGGAAAAGCAAAACAAGAGUUUCAGGCCAUCAUUAGAGAUCCGUUUAUGCUUAACAGCGUCAUCCUCGUGUUUGCAAACAAACAGGACAUGAAAGGAGCAAUGACGCCAAUGGAAGUAUGCGAAGGACUUGGGCUUAAUGAUCUUAAGAACAGAAAAUGGCAUAUACAAGGGACUUGUGCUCUUAAAGGUGAUGGCCUUUACGAGGGGUUGGACUGGUUAUCUAGCACUCUCAAGGAGUUAAAAGCCGCGGGAUACUCUUCAGUAGGCACCUCAUUAUUCUAACUAACCAGGCUUUGACUUGGGGCCCUGAUGAUUUACUGAUGAGCUGAAGAUUGUCAAUCAAUAACUACAGAAGUGUUGGACUCCUGAUCGUUGUUUUCCUGGGUUGUGUUUCCAAAGCUAUUGAUGUUAUUAUUAGGUGCUGCUUACUCCUGACAUUUGGUAAUGUAGUCUUAAUUUUCUUUACAGAAAAGUAGUCACGGGGGAUUUAUCUGUUCUUUGGAUUGUCCCCCGUCGUAUUACUGUUGGCCAAUAUUCUGUACUAAGCUGGGUGCAUUGUAGUC